AAGCUUACUAUAAUAAUAAUAAUAAUCAUAAUAACAAACUAUUAUGGAUACCAUUACUACGACCAAGUUCCUUCUACUUAUUACCCUUAUCAUCGUCAACGUCUCAUUUAUGCAUGGCGGCGCCCCGACCGUAACGGAAUCUCCCGACCUCCGCCGCCUGUCUAUCAUGGACGCCAUGAACCAUGCCACGGAGGCUCAUCGCCAGCUCCUCACCAUCUCCUCCUCCUCCUCCUCCAACUUCGUCCAUAACUCGCUGGACGACCGUCAACACGACCUACGAGCUGAAGCCACGUCAGCGUGGUACGAUUGUGCUGAGCUGUACGAGGAGGCGCUGGGACACCUCAACCGCUCCUUGGGUUCUACUACCACAACAACAACAACAAACCCGUCCUCCUCCGACACCCUGACGUGGCUCAGCGCGGCCCUCGCCAACCGCCAAACCUGCCGGGACGGCUUCCUCGACCUCAACCUCACCACCACCACCACGUCGUUGCCACGUGUCAUGGAUGACUUCUCCCGGUCGCUCCGAAACGCACUCGCCAUCAAUGCGGCUGCAGGAGGUGGCGGCGGCGGGCGGAAGUUGCUUUCGGCGGCUGCAGCAGCAGGAGGAGGAGCAAGGAGUAGUAGUACUCCUCCUCCUGUUUUCCCUUGGUGGGUGGCGAAAAGCGAUCGACAGCUGCUCGAGGCCCGGCCUAGUGGUGCUGCUGAUGUUGGACCUAAGGCCCAUCUAGUGGUGGCCCAAGAUGGGUCCGGAGACUACAGCACGAUCUCCGAGGCGGUGGCGGCGUCGGUGGAGAUGAGGAGAGGCCGGGCGGCUCGUGGGAGGAGAAGGUUUGUGAUCUACGUGAAGAGGGGGAUUUAUAAGGAGAGCGUGGAGAUCAAGAAAUCGAUGAACAACAUAAUGGUGGUCGGAGAUGGGAUCGACGCCACCAUCAUCUCCAAUUGUAAGAACGUCCGCGACGGCUUCACCACCUACCGCUCUGCAACUUUUGGCUGUGUCGGGGCAUGGGUUCAUAGCGAAGGACAUGACGUUCGAGAACACGGCGGGGCCAACGAAGCACCAGGCGGUGGCGCUCCGCUCCAGCUCCGACCUCUCCGUGUUCUAUCGGUGCAGCUUCAAGGGCUACCAAGACACCCUCUACCUCCACUCCAUGCGCCAGUUCUACCGCGACUGCGACAUCUACGGCACCGUCGACUUCAUCUUCGGGGACGCCGCCGCCGUCCUCCAGGGAUGCAACGUAUACGUCAGGAGGCCACUGCCGAGACAGAAGGCCACCGUCACCGCACAGGGCCGCUCGGAUCCCAACGAGAACACGGGCAUCGUCAUCCAAGCCUCCAGGGUGAUGGCUUCUGCUGAGCUGGCAGCAAGGGUGGGCUCCGUGGAGGCGUAUCUCGGGCGGCCGUGGAGGAGGUUCUCGAGGACGGUGGUGAUGCAGAGUGACGUCGGAGGAAUCGUGAAUCCUGCGGGGUGGCUGCCGUGGAGCGGCGACUUUGCGUUGUCGACGCUUUACUAUGCGGAGUUCAUGAACAAGGGUAAAGGAGGGAAGACGGAGGGGAGGGUCACCUGGCCCGGUUUUCAUGUGAUGAGGAGCUUUAGGGAGGCCCGCAAGUUCACCGUCGGCGACUUCUUCGACGGUGAUGCCUGGAUUCCCGGCACCGGAGUGCCCUUUGAUUCUGGUUUGUAAACCAUGCACUACCUAGCAGCUACCAUGUACUUUUAUAUAUACGUUCUCUUGAUGAUAAGAUGUACACUUAUUAAUUAAUUAAGGGAGAGCU